UAUUUCCCCCUUAGUCAAAUUUUCAUUCCCCCCAAUUCUUUUAACCCCAAAAUCAAACAAAAUAAACACACUCUCACUCAAUAUUCAAACAAAUAUUACUUCAAAUUAAAAGUCUCCCUCAUUUCUCUCUCCCCGUUUUUCUCUCGUUUCUCAGAAUCGAAAGUCUUCCGACCCUAAUUGAAACUGGUGAAACCCUAAUCGAAGCUAUUGAAACCUUAAUCAAAGCUGAUAAAGCUCUGAAAGCCUAAUCUCUAACUCGAAGCCCUAUGCUGCUCUCUUCAGUUCUCAAAGUCCAAGCCCUAAUUAGUAUUUUUCUUGCAGUUGCCAUUCUUGCUCUUCAGAAACUGCGCAGUUAUGAAGUUCUACUACAUCGAUAUAUAGCUAUGAUGGAACUACAGGAGAGGAACGAGAGGCUAUUUUACAAGAUUUUUAUUGAUAAUAUGGAGGAACUUCUCCCUGUUGUCUACACUCCAACUGUUGGCGAUGCUUGCCAAAAAUAAGGUUGAAGGUCGAUGAAAAAGAAUCUCUUGUUGUUGCUAGUCCAAGUAUGUAAGAGAAAAUUAAGCGGAAACUGGGUAGUAUGAUUGGAUUUUGUCUAGUUAUGCGGAAUUAGUUCUUGCUGUUAGAAGAAUUGCUAUAAGUGCCUCUCAAUUCAAGGUCUGACAUCAUCUGGCGGUAGUAGUAAUUCAGUAAGCCUAGAUGGGAAACAGGAGUGGUGUUUCAAGAGCACUCGUAAAAGAUAUAAAGAAGCUGAAAGUUAGUUGCUGACUUUCUCCCGUGAAUGCUAAUUUUAGUUGCGUACUUAAUCUAGAUUAUUUAAUUAAGGUUAAUGCCAUUUAUGAACAGAUUUAUGGAUACCUGGUAUCAUCAGAAUCGAAUUCUAUUCAUUCCGGAAUAGAAAGGAAUGA